AUGCGGCAGCUAUUCAGCAACCAGAUCACCAGCAUUUCUGCCAACGCAUUCGCAGGCCUCACCGCGUUGAGAUUUUUGGAUCUAUACAGCAACGAGAUUUCCAGCUUUUCUGCGAGCGCAUUUACCGACCUGAGUUCACUGACACACUUGCAUCUGAGCAUCAACCCGAUCACCAGCAUUCCCGACAACGCAUUCGCAGGCACGCCUGCGCUGCAGAACUUGUAUCUCUACAUGAACCAGAUCACGAGCAUUUCUGCUAACGCAUUCACGGGCCUCGCCGUGUUGAACAAAUUGUUUCUCUACAGCAAUCAGAUCACUAGCAUUUCUGCUAAUGCAUUCACAGGGCUCACCAUGAUGAACCAAUUGGAUAUCUGGGAUAACAAAAUCAUCAGCAUCUCUGCCAACGUAUUCAUAGGCCUUUCUUUGCUGACACAGUUGCAUUUGGGCGUCAACCAGAUCACCAGUAUUCCCGACAACACCUUUGCAAGCCUCACCGCGUUGAAAAACUUAUUUCUGAGUCAGAACCGAAUCACCACCAUCUCUGCCAGCGCUUUCGCAGGCAUGACUGCGCUAACUCUCCUGGCUUUGGAAAGCAACCCCAUAACCACUCUGCCGCCUGGGCUGUUUAAAGGCUUGCCAAAUGGCUUGGAUUUGUCAGGGGAUGCCCCCGUAUCGCUGAACCCCAACAACUUUACCUUUGGUGGGAACACUGUCGCACCGCCCAGCACAUACGGCAGUGCAUCGGAACCAUACAAGUGUGAUACAGCUUGUGCGACCUGUUAUGGCUCUGGUUCCGCUGUGUGCUGCCCGAGCAAUUGUCUGAUCUGUACUUCCUCCACAGCGUGCACCCAGUGCUAUGCAGGCUAUGGCAUGAUGAGUGGAUCAUGCGUUCCUCUAGCUACCAUAGCUUCCGUCGCGUCCACGCAAUCUGCCUCGGUUGCCUCCAUUGCUUCUGCUGCUUCAACUGCCUCCGCCUCCAUUGCUUCUGCCGCCUCAACAGCCUCCGCCUCGGUUGCCUCAACAGCCUCCGCCUCGGUUGCUUCGGUUGCGACAGCUGCGACAAUGGCAUCCAUCGCAUCUGAAGCCUCCGUCGCGUCCACGCAGUCUGCUUCAGCUGCCGCAGUCGCUUCCUUUGCGUCUGCAGCGUCGACCGCCUCGGCAUCUGCGGCAUCUGUUGCAUCCUCCAUUGCACAACUCGGUGGUGACGCCCAAGCCUCAUCUUCAACAGCUGCCAUCGCUGCUGCUGUCGCUUCUGUUGCAGUGAUUUUGAUACUUGCAGUGGUGCUCGUCGUGUUGCGACGCCGGCGCUCGCAGCGCUCAGUCCUGCAACCGAAGAACUCUGUCAGUCCCGUCUAUCAAGAGGCGGUUGAAAUGGCAAUCUCUCCACUUCCCC